UAAAUGCUACCAAAAAUAUACAACCGCUAAUGGAUACUCCAAUAAUUAAGCCAAGAUUAGUGUCUACGUUCGGAGUAUCUGAAGGAAUAAAGUUAGAAUUAAUAUUAAUUUUUAAAGUUGGUUUGGUUAAAGUGAUAAA